CCCGGUAUAAAUGGGAUGACUGGAAAAUCAGUGAAGCAGACAGUCAACAGUCAAGCUGCAAGACUCACCCCAGUGAGUCAAGAUCCGAGACUCACCCCAGGCAGCCAAGACCGAGGACCGGGAGAGAAGCAGCCACACUCCGUCUGGGAUUCAACAAGAGGACUCAGCCAGCCAGAGCCAGCGAGGACCAGCCGUUGCGACCAUCGAGCCAAGUCAGAGGUCGAGAGAAGAGAUGCUGUGGACACUGAUCGUGGCGAGCAUCGUUUGGGAAUUCGAUCGGCCAAUAAGAUUCGUAGAGCUUUGAUAGGUAACCUCCCUGCUGUGAUGUUGUCGGCCAUGGCUUCAGUUCAGCUGUAUUUGUUUUGAUAUCUCGUUAAUUAGACAGAUU